GUAAGCAGAAGUCAGCUUGAGGAUCCCAUAAUCAAUGGCUUCCUAUUAUCUGGAAUCUUCAUUUUAGCGAGUUUUCUGCUCCUUUUUAUGGGACGUCGGCUGGUUAUCCACACCUUCAUAGCCAUUUCGAUGAUGGCCAACAUUUCGGUGAACUUCUUGGCCGAGGACACGAUAAUAUUGUUUGCUCUCUUCCUGAUUCCUGAUCCCUUAAUGUGUAAUCUGAGAUUAGUGCAGACUGUGGUCAUUGAUAUGAUACCCACACAUUACAGGGCUAAGGCGACUUCAGUGGGAAAUGUGGCGGGACGUUCUGGAAUUCUAUUCACCAGUUUGUUUAUGGGAUACACCUUGACGUGGAACUGUCAUGUAGCUUUCAAUACCUUUUUAGUGAUAUCCUUACUCGGUGCUCUUCUUGUGAGCUUUUUGCCUUCGGAAUCUAAGUUAAGGGAAACCACCAAAUAUUGACGUACCCGAUUAUUAA